AUGACGACGCCCGAAGAAGCUCCCACGGUGUCGACCCACCCAAACCCUACCACGGGCUCCAUCGUGGUGACCUCGCAGCCGGGCGUAGUCACCGUCGCGUCCACGAAGCGCUCGGCAGAAACGCUACUAGAUCUCCUUCGCGAGAGGGCGGCGAGGUGUCCUUUGCCCGCCGUGCUUGGUCCCGUGUUGUUUGCGACGUACACGUCGAGGCAUGAGUUGAAAGAGGCGUGCCAUCGAUGGUCCAAAGGCCACGCGAAGGAGUGCGGGAUUAGGGAUUAG